AUGGCGGUGGGACAAAGUCACUUGGAUCCAUCACUUGUAGAGAGCGAGAGGAACUUCGUCUAAUCUGCUGUUGGUGUUGUAGGAAAGAACAUGAGUCAGCAACUAAACAGAAGCCGGAGCUGCUCCUUCGGCGAUGUGGAUGAGCUGAUGAAGACGGUGCAGCUGACGGUCCACAUCCCCACCUUCCUCCUGGGCCUCCUCCUCAACGUGCUGGCCAUCCGAGGCUUUAGCACCUUCCUGAAGAAGAGGUGGCCAAAUUAUGCUGCCACUUCCAUCUACAUGAUCAACCUGGCAGUCUUUGACCUGCUGCUGGUGCUGUCCCUUCCGUUCAAGAUGGCGAUGUCCAACGUAUGGGCUCCCCAUCCUUCUGUCUGUACCUUCGUGGAGUGCUUCUACUUCGUUAGCAUGUACGGGAGUGUCUUCACUAUCUGCUUCAUUAGUCUGGAUAGAUUCUUGGUCAUCCGGUACCCGUUCCUGGUCAGCCACCUCCGGUCCCCCAGGAAGAUCUUUGGGAUCUGUUGCACCAUCUGGGUCCUCGUGUGGGCGGGGAGUAUUCCCAUCUACAGCUUCCACGGGAAGGUGGAAAAGUACACAUGCUUCCACAACAUGUCUGAUGGCACCUGGAGUCCCCAGGUCUUCUUCCCCCUUGAGGUGUUCGGCUUCCUUCUUCCCCUGGGUGUCAUGGGUUUCUGUUCCUCCAGGAGCAUUCACAUCCUGGUCUGCCGUCAGGGCCUCACCGAGGACUGGGUCCAGCAGAAGGCCUGCAUCUGGACAAUUGCAGCCAGCCUGGCUGUCUUCGUGGUCUCCUUUCUUCCGGUCCAUUUGGGCUUCUUCUUGCAGUUCCUGGUACGGAAUGGCUUUAUUGUGGAGUGUAGAGCUAAGCAGAACAUCAGCUUUUUCUUGCAAUUGUCCAUGUGUUUCUCCAACAUCAACUGCUGCCUAGAUGUCUUCUGCUACUAUUUUGUCAUCAAAGAAUUCCGCACGGACAUCAUGGCCCACCGGCCUUCCAGGGUCCAGCUCGUCCGCCAGGAUACCAUGACCAGCAGGAUCUAAGGAAGGAAAGACCUACACAGAAGAAGGAACCCCCAGCCCCAAAUCCCAGUAGCAGAUACUGCGUUCUGACGUUUCUGAUGUGGUGGACCGAUGUGGCACAUUUGCUGGUGUGCUUUCCCUUGUGAUGCUCAUUGAACACUGUCUUUGCUCAUUAUGCUCCAAAGAGCUUUCCCCAGCAUGCAGACAACUGGACAUGAAUCACCCAGUAUUUGGGAAUCUCUGAAGGACCCAAGAAACGGGUGAAUUCUUUAUUUCUAAGCUCAAAAACAUGAGGCAGAAGAAUUGAGAAAGAGGAGACCAUCGGAGCAAGGCUGUUUCCCAGCUCUUCCCCAUCCUUCUGUUAGACUAGAAGGUUCUGGAAAGGAAGAGAGACGAGUUAGGAGAGAGACCCGAGAGGGUUGGUCAUGGUGGGAAAUGCUCUGGGAACAGACGGAGCAGGAGGGAUGUAGCAAGCUCCUUUCUAAUUUGGGGAUCCCAGGGUAGAGCAGAUUUGUACCUCCCCAUCCUUUCUGGGGCUCUGUUGGCCAAUAACCUCACAGAGAUGAUAGCAAGUGGGGGUGAGAGGGGCAGAGAAAGAACCUACAGAGAGCCCCAAGUUUCCUAUGGGAAAGAAGGGCCUGGGAAGCCAGCCAAAGCUUCCCGUGUCCUCCCCAAGGCUGCAGAAGGAUGAGGGGAGCCGGUGUGAACCAGGCCAUGGCGAAGCUAUGGACGCUUUGUGGAAGAAUUGGGGACAGAGUGGAAAGGCACUGGUGACACCUGAGAGCCACAAGGGGAUUGGAUACACCUGGGGAAGGAAGGUGACAGGCCAAGGACCCCCUGUUGCCAUCAUGAUGUAGCCUAGAAGAGGCUGAUCUAAGGAUGCAGGCUUGAUUUGGUUCAGCCAGAGGAGAAUAAGGAACAUGUGUUUGUCUUGCCCACCUGAAUCCUGCCAGGACGGCUGGCUCGGAGCCACUAUCCACAGAACUGUCCCUCUCCAGUGGCCGGGAGGGGGCAAAUGAGCCAGCCAGGAAUGGGAGGAAUCAUCUCGAUGGCAUGGAGCCCCUGGCAGUUCCUACUCGAAGACCAAACAACCGCCUCCCGGUUUGGACCGGGCUUCUCUCUCCAGUGGCCCUGAGGAGGAGGAGCGGUGGCGGCUGUGAGCCUUGCGAGGACAUAGCCGCCGCUCCAGAGAGCAAAAUGACUAGAAGGAUGGGUUGUGGGGUGGUUUUGCGAGACGGAGUGAGUGGGACGAGAUGUAAGGGAUGAGACCUAAUGUGAGAAAGGGGGAGGUCUCUAGGAAGAAAAGAACCACUUUCUACUUGGAGGGAAAGGGGCUUCCACUGCCAAAGGGUGGAUGGAAGGUAGGUGGCUUGUGGCCGAAGAGGGCGAUUUCGAUAACCCUGCCAGGAGGCGGG